UUUCACAACAAACUCCUCCUUUAGGGUUCGAGACCGGACAGCGUAAACACACACUAAAGCAAUGGCGUCUUUUGGAUUGAUUAACAAAGCAAAUAGUUCUUGUAUCCCGAUAAAAAGUAUCAGUAUAUCGAGCAAACUGCAUGGGUUUACAGCUCAGGUAACCGCUGCAAUGGAAUUUACAAAUGAUGGCAACAAUCCUGUAGAAGUGAUGUAUGUAUUUCCUCUUGACGAGGAGGCGUCGGUUUGUGACUUUCAAGCGACUAUAGAUGGACGAACUAUCGUGGCUGAGAUUCAAGACAAGCAAGAAGCUCGUAAUACAUACGAUGAUGCCAUAAGCAGUGGAUUCAGUGCUUUCCACCUGGAAGAAAGCGACGAGAGCUCUGAUGUUUUUCAGAUCAAUGUGGGAAACCUCCCACCUAGAGUGACAGCAACAAUCAAACUUACCUUUGUGACAACACUCAAGGUAGAGAGGGAGGGAAGGGUUGUCUUUAUGCUGCCGACAGUUCUUAACCCGAGAUACUCUCCCAGCGGUAGUAAUGUAAGUUCUAAGAUGGCAAGUCUUGGUUCAAUGAGCAAGUUAUAUUCAUUCUACUUUGAAAUGAAUGUACAUUGUGCUUCACCGAUAAUCAAGAUUACCUCCUCUCAUUAUCAACUCACAGUCGAUAUCAAUCCCGACGACAAUCGACAAGCAACUGUUCGACUCGAUAACAAUCAUCGAUAUGACAACGAUUUGGAAGUGCACGUGUUGUGUCAACAACCAUUCCAGCCUCACACGUUAGUAGAGAAUGGCGUGACAAAAUCUACCACAGGCAUACCGAAUCCUUUUCUCUCUAAGCCUGUUGUCAUGCUAAACUUUUUUCCUGAGUUUGACAGGAAUGCUACCCUUGAACGUGGUGAGUUUAUAUUUGUGGUCGAUCAAAGUGGAAGUAUGGCCGGAUCAAAGAUGAAAAGUGCAAGAGAAAGUCUUCUCUUAUUUUUGAAGAGUCUUCCAGAGAACUGUUACUUCAACGUGGUUGGUUUUGGAAGUUCAUUUAAUAAGUUGUUUGAUAGGAGCGAGUUUUAUAACGACAGUACUCUGAGUCAUGCUUGUGGCUAUGGGGAGGUCAUGGAAGCAAAUCUUGGUGGAACAGAGAUCCUUGACCCUCUAAGGGAUGUCUUCUCGCAACCCGUGAUCAAAGGUUAUCCUCGCCAGAUCUUUCUCUUGACAGAUGGUGAAGUUAGUAAUACUCAGCAGGUGAUUGAACUGGUCAGAGCUAACUCUACAAAUGCAAGGUGCUUUACAUUUGGUAUUGGUGAAGGAGCGUCAAGUCAUCUAGUUAAGGGCGUGGCUCGUGCUGGACUUGGUACUGCUGAGUUUGUCUCAGCUCGUGACAGGUUACAAACCAAGGUAAUGAAAACUUUAAAGAACGCCUUCCAACCAGCCGUAAAGGAUGUUAGUCUAACGUGGAACCUUCCAAAGACGUGGACCGCAGAAACAGUCCCUGUCGUGAACCCAACUGUGUUCCAUGGUAACCAACUUGUGAUGUUUGGACUUUUGUCCAGAAAGGACGUGCCAAGUCGCACUUCAAUAACAGCCAUCGAGGGAACUGUCACACUGACCGGAUACAUCGAUGACGGUCAACAUUUGUCUCUUAUUCGUCAUGUGUUGAAGUUCAGCGCAGUGUGCGGUAACCCAGCUGAGAGCAGCUUACUUCUGCAUCGUCUGUGUGCCAAAGCAAGUAUCUUGGAACAAGACGACGAUGGUCACGUCAUCCAACUCAGUAAAUCGGCCAACAUUAUAUCACGAUUAACGUCAUUUGUGGGUGUUGAUAAACACACCGGUGUGGUUGUCUCCAGACCGUUUCAACCACAGGCUGUUCUGCCAAUGAAUUCAGGAACAAUGUUUGGUUUCUAUGGUAAUAUCGGUGGGGGUCUUCCAACAGUACCUGGGGGUGUCGGUUUUGGUGGUCCAACUCAACCACAAUCAAUGAAUAUGGCACAACGCUUCUCUUAUGGCAAUACGGGUGGUAAUCUUCUAGGUGGUCCACCAAGAGCCCCUUCCUCUUCUAGCAAUAUGGGUAAGGCACCACUUCUUCCUGGAUCAACAAAUUAUUCACCACCUAGAGUUCCUCCACGGCAGUCAUCCUCCAAGUUGUUAGGUCUUAAAAUGAUGGAUAAAGAAAGCAGUCCAUCUUACAGGAAUACGCAAACGUAUCUCUCUUUGAUCGCACUACAAACGGCAUCUGGGGCGUGGCAACCGACUGACAAGCUUGCAACGGUGUGUGGAAAAACACUUUCAGAGAUCCGAAAGUCAUGUCCACCGGAGCUGUACCAAAACAACAAGGAUAUUCUGUGGGCAACAGCGGUAGCGUUAGCUUAUCUCACCGCAACCUUUCCUGACCAACAAGAUGAAUGGGGCAUUGCAGCAGACAAAGCAAUGAAAUGGUUAAAGACCAAUCUACCAAGAGAUAGUUUCGAGAACAUCAUGCACUUGGCUUCAAGGUGUAUUUUCAAAAGAUAAACAGGGAAGUAGAAGAUUUUAAUUGAGGCUAAUUGAUACCAGGAAUUGUGUGCCGUAGCAAUAAUGCAUGUUUUAUUAGUACUGAAGAAGGUAUCCCUAACCUACUCAGGGGUCAUGAUGAGAACACAAGACAAUUUCUAGAACUGUAUACAGAAGUUUAAUCAUACUUUGAACAUUUUUUUGGUAUCUACACGUUAACAUUUUUCUAAUUUGACGACGAUAUUUCUAUCAAAUUAAUGACUGAAGGCCUAGAAACCAAUAAACUCUUUAAUUUAA